AUGAGAGUGAGCAAGGUGAUCAUCCUGCCGGGCAAUGGAUGCGACGACGUGCGCCAGGCCAACUGGUACCACACGGUGGCGACGGAGCUGAGGCACCGGCUGAAGCAGAAGCAGGGGUGGGGCGAAUCGAUUGGUGUGGUGCUGGAGGACAUGCCAGACCCCUACGUCGCCCGACGCGGCGUGUGGCUGCCCUUCAUCAAGCAGGAGCUCGGCUGUGACGAGAACACCAUCCUCAUCGGCCACAGCUCUGGCGCCGAAGCAAUCUUGCGGCUCCUGGAGGAGCAGCGGGUGAGGGGCGCAGUGCUGGUGUCGGCGUGCCACACGGAUCUGGGCGAUGAGAACGAGCGAGAGAGCGGGUACUACACGGGCGAGUGGCAGUGGGAGCGGAUCAAGGCCAACGCCGACUGGAUCGUCCAGUACGGAAGCGCCGAUGAUCCGUUCAUCCCCAAGGAGGAGAUGGACUUUGUGCACGAGAAGCUGGGCACGGAGUACCUCUUCUACAAGAACAGGGGCCACUUCAUGACCUACCGCUUCCCCGACUUGGUGGACCUGGUGAUGCAGAAGCUGGAGGCCGUGAUGGCCCCGUGA